CAAUUUAUGGAUCCCGGAAUUUCCAAUGUAAGAAAACAUAGUUUUUAUCAUUUCAUUCCCUUGUUGUCAAAAUAAAUAAACCAUUAAAUACCAAAGUUUCAUCACAAAUUAUCAAACACACUCUUUUUUGUUACUUCCUCAUCACACCAUUUAGCUUCGUUCUCUCCGUCAUUUCAACAAACACAAUGCAAUCACUUCAGCAUCAACUACCCUUCACUCUUCGCCCUUCACCACUCGAACCACUUCGCAAAAAACCCUCCAAUGCGGCCACCACCGCCGCCAGAACCCCAAAGAGACUCUCCGUCGUCUCUUCCUCCGUCACCACCGCCGCUCCUCAAAGAGAGAAGGAUCCCAAGAAGCGUGUCGUGAUCACUGGCAUGGGUGGCGUCACUGUACAUGGCAACGAUGUCGACAUUUUCUACGAAAAGCUUCUCGCCGGUGAUAGUGGGAUCACAUUGAUUGAUAGGUUUGAUGCUUCCAAAUUCCCUACUCGGUUCGCUGGUCAGAUCCGUGGGUUUAGCUCCGAGGGUUACAUCGACGGGAAGAAUGACCGGAGGCAGGAUGAUUGUCUCCGGUACUGCAAUGUCGCCGGGAAGAAAGCACUUGAAGAUGCUGGUCUCGGUGCCGAAAAUCUUGAUAAGAUUGAUAAAGAACGUGCUGGUGUUUUGGUUGGGUCAGGAAUGGGUGGUUUAACGGUGUUUUCUGAUGGAGUUAAGAAUCUGAUUGAAAAGGGACAUAGAAAGAUAUCACCUUUUUUUAUUCCCUAUGCUAUUACCAAUAUGGCUUCAGCUUUACUUGGGAUUGAUUUAGGUUUCAGAGGUCCAAAUUAUUCUAUUUCAACUGCUUGUGCUACUUCAAAUUAUUGCUUUGUUGCUGCUGCCAAUCACAUUCGUAGGGGUGAAGCUGAUUUGAUGAUUGCGGGUGGUACUGAAGCUGCUAUUAUUCCUAUUGUUGGGGGUUUUGUUGCUUGCAGGGCACUUUCUCAGAGAAAUGAUGACCCUAAAACGGCUUCUAGGCCUUGGGAUAAAGACCGUGAUGGAUUUGUUAUGGGUGAAGGUGCUGGAGUUUUGGUGAUGGAAAGCCUGGAACAUGCCAUGAAGCGAGGUGCGCCUAUCAUUGCUGAAUACUUGGGAGGUGCUGUAAACUGUGAUGCUUAUCAUAUGACUGAUCCAAGAUCUGAUGGGCUUGGCGUGUCUUCAUGCAUCCAGAGCAGUCUUGUAGAUGCCGGUGUGUCACCCGAGGAGGUCAAUUACAUAAAUGCACAUGCAACUUCCACUCUUGUUGGUGACUUGGCAGAGAUCAAUGCUAUCAAAAAGGUUUUCAAGAACCCAUCUGGCAUCAAAAUUAAUGCCACCAAGUCUAUGAUAGGGCACUGCCUUGGCGCAGCUGGGGGUUUGGAAGCUAUUGCCACAAUAAAAGCCAUAACAACAGGAUGGCUGCAUCCAUCAAUCAAUCAAUUCAAUCCAGAACCUGCAGUUGAUUUUGAUACGGUGGCAAAUGUCAAGCAGCAGCAUGAAAUCAAUGUUGGCAUUUCAAAUUCAUUUGGAUUUGGUGGACACAACUCUGUCGUGGCUUUUUCCGCUUUCAGACCCUGAUUGCCAAGCUUGCCUGCUCUUCUUCAUGUAGAACAACUACAACCCAUGUCAUAGAGAUUCGACAACGUUUUACGUUGGCUAUUGAGGCCUAACACAAGCCUCUUCUUUCAUUUGGGCUUGGAACCGGCUAUGCAUAGCAAGGCUCUUCAUGUAGAACAUGGAAUCUAAAUUAAUUAAAAUUUUGUUCUCUGUGCAUCGUUGAGUCUAUUUAUUGAGUCCAUCCAUAAUAUUUAAAAGCUGUAGUCCUGUAAUUGUUCAUUUUAUGCUAAUUUUGAACAGAUAGUUAGCUCCAAAGAUUGUUUUGCUGUAGAACUUUUUAAAUGUAGCACGGAGAUUUCAUUGUUUGGUAGGGAGACUUGCGGAUAGAAAAUGCCAAAAGAGCUUAUUUGAGCAUUCUUCCUUAUUGUUAAGUAAAGAUAUUUAAUAACAAGCAUGUAUUUAUGGUACUUAUUGUUAUUGAAUCUUUGUUGGUUA